AUGGCGGAAGGAGAAGAGGUCCUGCCAGAGCCAACGUCGAGCGGUGACGGCUGGGAAAAAGAUCUUGAAGAAGCUCUGGAAGCAGGAGGUUGUGAUCUUGAAACUUUGAGAAAUAUAAUUCAAGGGAGACCACUGCCUGCUGAUCUGAGGGCCAAAGUUUGGAAGAUUGCUCUAAAUGUUGCAGGAAAAGGUGAUAGUUUGGCAUCAUGGGAUGGUAUUUUAGACUUGCCAGAACAGAAUGCUAUUCACAAAGAUUGUCUUGAGUUUAUUGAACAGCUUUCAGUGCCAGAAGAGAAGGCAACAGAAUUACUUUUGGAUAUUGAAUCUGUAAUUACCUUUUACUGUAAAUCACGUAACAUUAAAUACAGCACGUCUCUUAGCUGGAUACAUCUGCUGAAGCCAUUGGUGCAUCUUCAACUGCCUCGCAGUGAUUUAUACAACUGCUUUUAUGCUAUCAUGAAUAAGUACAUUCCCAGGGAUUGUUCUCUGAAGGGAAGACCAUUUCAUCUUUUCCGAUUACUCAUCCAGUACCAUGAGCCUGAACUUUGUUCUUUUCUUGAUACAAAGAAAAUUACUCCAGACUCCUAUGCACUCAACUGGCUUGGAAGCCUUUUUGCAUGUUACUGUUCCAUUGAAGUCACUCAGGCAAUAUGGGAUGGAUAUCUACAACAAGCAGAUCCAUUUUUUAUUUAUUUCUUAAUGUUAAUAAUCCUUGUUAAUGCAAAAGAAGUUAUUUUAGCACAGGAGUCAGACAGCAAAGAAGAAGUUAUCCAGUUCUUGGAGAACACUCCAUCCAGUUUGAAUCUAGAAGAUACAGAAGAUCUUUUCUCUCUGGCUCAGUAUUAUUGCAGUAAAACACCAGCUUCUUUUAGAAAGGAUAAUCACCAUCUAUUUGGUAGUACUCUGUUGGGAAUUAAGGAUGAUGAUGCAGAUCUCAGUCAGGCUCUUUGUCUGGCCAUCUCCGUGUCAGAGAUCCUUCAAGCAAAUCAGCUUCAAGGGGAAGGAGUCCGGUUCUUUGUGGUGGAUUGUCGUCCUGCAGAACAGUAUAAUGCUGGGCACUUAUCAACUGCUUUCCACUUAGAUUCAGAUCUGAUGCUCCAGAAUCCAUCUGAGUUUGCACAGUCGGUAAAAUCUUUGCUGGAAGCACAGAAGCAGUCCAUCGAGUCCGGCUCCAUUGCUGGUGGGGAGCACCUCUGUUUUAUGGGCAGUGGUAGAGAGGAAGAAGACAUGUAUAUGAACAUGGUCCUGGCACACUUUUUACAGAAAAACAAAGAAUAUGUGAGCAUCGCCAGUGGAGGAUUUAUGGCACUGCAGCAGCACCUGGCAGACAUAAAUGUGGAUGGACCAGAAAAUGGAUAUGGCCAUUGGAUUGCUAGUACCUCAGGCUCAAGGAGCAGUAUCAAUUCUUCUAUUGAUGGUGAAUCUUCUAAUGGCUCAAAUGAUAGAGGAAUGAAAUCACUGGUAAAUAAAAUGACUGUUGCUUUGAAGACAAAGUCUGUUAAUGUCAGGGAAAAAGUUAUCAGUUUUAUUGAGAAUACAUCAACUCCUGUGGACCGAAUGUCUUUCAAUCUUCCUUGGCCAGACAGAGCAUGUACAGAGCGGCAUGUGAGCAGCAGUGACAGAGUGGGCAAGCCUUACCGUGGUGUAAAGCCUGUUUUCAGCAUUGGGGAUGAAGAAGAAUACGACACAGAUGAAAUUGAUAGCUCUUCAAUGUCAGAUGAUGACAGAAAAGAGGUUGUAAACAUCCAGACUUGGAUAAACAAGCCAGAUGUCAAGCAUCAUUUUCCUUGUAAAGAAGUUAAAGAAAGUGGACACAUGUUUCCUAGUCAUCUGUUGGUUACUGCAACACACAUGUACUGUUUAAGGGAGAUUCUUUCACGGAAAGGAUUGGCUUAUAUACAGUCUCGACAAGCACUAAAUUCUGUAGUUAAAAUUACAUCUAAAAAAAAACAUCCUGAGCUAAUUACCUUCAAGUAUGGAAACAGCAGUGCUUCAGGAAUAGAAAUCUUGGCAAUCGAAAGGUAUUUGAUUCCAAAUGCAGGAGAUGCUACCAAAGCCAUAAAACAACAGAUCAUGAAAGUUUUGGAUGCUUUGGAAAGUUAAUAUAAAAGAGAAUUACUUCAAAAGAAAUUAAGGCAACCAAGAGAAAGAAACAAGGACAUAUUUUCCUGAUUGAAUACUAACUGAGGACCUUUCAUUUGCUCAUGGGGGUGCUUGAAUUGCAGGUCUAAGUAUGUGUGAAUUAUUAUAAUCAAUUUCUGGACAGUUAAAAUUUUUCUUAAAUUUUCUUUUGCAUUUUCAGUUUUGUAAAAUGAUUUAUAAAGGUCAGUUAUUAAAUGACUUUGAAGUAACUGACCCUUUGCCCUUAGGAACUAAGGGUGCAGAAUGCAGUUCUGUUUUGAAGAGCUGUGUUUUAAAAAGGGAACAUGUAUCACUUUCAGAUUUAAAAAGACCCAUACACAUAUAUACUUGCAAUGUCUUCAAUGAAAAUUAGAGAUAGAAUUAGCUGAAGAGACCCCUUUAAUUGCUACAUUUAGUUUAUCCACUGAGCAGUAUCAGAAACUGAGAGUAUUACAUAGAUUAAUAGCUCGCUGUUUCUGUCCUUAAAAAAAAGUGAAAUCUUUUAAAUGAAGUGGAUGAAGAUUCCAGCCAACUCAGAAAUGCAGUCCAGUUAGUGAAAUGUGAAGCAUCAGUAUCUAAAUCAUUUUUUGCAUCAUUAGCUAAUGAUUUGAACACUGGGUGCUUCACAUACUAAACUUCAUCCUAAUGGUUUCUAAGGAGCAGUUAAAAGUAUAAUAAUAAGUAGGUAGGCAUACUAAGAUUAAAAUAAACAUUUUGGGGACAAGAAUUAUACCUGUAAAAAUGUCAUUGGUCUUUAUUACAAGUGGAAUAUUUGAUUUAGGAUAUUUCAGAACAGGUGUUGUACACACAUUGAUUUAUCCUUACUGAAGUUAUGGUCUGUGACCACACUAGUGUCCA